AUGGACAACGAAUCAAUUUUCACUUGUUCAAUUUGCUAUUUAGAGUAUGAUGAGGGUGUAAAUUGUCCGAAAGUUUUAAGUGAGUAUUUAUUUUCAGAAUAAUAAGAAAUACAUAUGUAUUUUCAGAAUGUGGUCAUACAUUUUGCGAUAGUUGUGUGAAGCACAAUAUUCAAAAUAGAACAACAAUUGCAUGUUUUAAAUGUCGAGCUGAAUCGGAUUUGAAUACAGUAGUUUCUAACUAUUUUGUCUUGGAGAACUUGCACAAUGAAACGUUAUAAUAAUAAGUUUAUUUACAUGAAAUCAAAAUCAAACUCGUAAUGUGGACCGGUAAAUAUGAAAUUAUAUAUAGAUAUAUAUACAGGCAAUUGUAUGAUGCAUAUGACACAAGAAAGAGUACAAUAAAGAUAAAUAUAAAUUAACAUUACAAUGGCUCUCAAUUCCGGACAAGAGAAUUCAUGAGCCAAGGGUUCUGGGAAGGACCAACGAGGUUGGCAUCUGGUAUGGAUAGGAUAAAAUUGCGCAUUUGCUUUGAGCUGAUGUUGGGUUUGACCUUUUUGACAAUUUCGUUCCAGACCGGGAUGAUUUUUCCAAAGAAACUGUUAACUGGGCAUAAUUCUGUUAGGCUCCGCUGAAGUGGAAAACGUUGACAAUAUUUCCUGCAAACAAAUGUACAAAGGGAGGGAAAGUGAAUGGACCCUUCAAGAAUCCCUAGGAAAGUAAAGAUCCCCGAGUUUAAACUUCUCCUUUCUGCACUAAAGUAUUCCAAUUUUAAUAAUCGAUCCUCAUAGGAUUCAUAAGACAUGUUGCAUCUGCGGAAGAUAGAUCUUGAAUAUCUCCGCAAUGGUGAUUCAGCUAAUAAACUCAGCUUUUUAGAUAUCAGAGGACGAUAAAUUUCAGAGCAGUAAUCUAUGAUUGGUGAUAUAUAAGUUUUGUACAAUAAUAAAUAAGUAUUCAGGUGACCGAAUUGAAAUGCUUUCAUGAUUUGACGAGAUUUCCAAAUUGCUUUCUGUACCACUGUAUUUACGUGGUGAUCAAAUGAUAGAUUCCGAUCGAUCCAAACCCCGAGGUCUCUUACAACUUCUGAUGCAGCAAUAACUGUAUCGUUCAUUGUGUAAGACACUCUUGGAUUGGUUUUACCAAGAUGUAGCACUGUUGUUUUAUUGGGAGCAAUGGGGAGGUCCCACUUUGAAGACGUUGAAUGUGCCAAAUCCGGUGGUAGUUGAAAACGUCGAAGAAUUGAAUCUGCCAACCUGUCGGCUUUGUGAUGUGGAAAAAAUUUCAAAGUUUUGUGAUGUAUGUUUAGUAGAGUUCGAAGGACUCCUACAUAAAAUUUUUACAGAACGCUGAAUGCUCACUUCAUGAACUCAAAACAUUGUGCAGCAAUUGCUUCGUUGAACUUCAUCCGGAAUGUUGGAGUAUGUCAAUUGCGAAUGCGAAUUUAAAAUUGAAUAAACAAGUGGAAAUGUUCAUUGAUAAAAAAUUGAUUGAAUCUGAUAAAAGCAACGAAAUGAAAGGGUGAGCAAUAAUUGUUUGUCAGCGAUUUUGUCAAUUUUUUUUCUCUAGGAAAAUCGAGGAAGAGUUGAAAAAGAAACAGGAUGAUCAAAACAGAAAGAUUGAUGAAUACUAUGAAAAGUUUCGGAAAGAGAUAGAAGAUUAUUGUCGAAGAAGUAAAGAACAGCUGAAUCAUUUGAUGAAUCUUUAUAGAAAUGAAACAACAGCUCGCAUCGCAAAAGAAUUGGAUGUUAUUUCUAUUAAAGCAUAUCAAGCUCAGGAACUUAGAGAUAAUCAUAGCCAAGACUUGAUUAAUGUUUAUCCGGAACUUUUCGAACUUUUUCAAUCAACAUCUGGUGGUAAGAUAGACAUCUCUGAACAAUACGAAGAUUUAAAUUUUUUUCAGUUUCAGAACCGAUUCAAUAUAAUUUCAAAGAUCCAAAAGUUCAACCAAACGGUUUGAAAUGGUUUCCUACAUACGACAUCAUGGUUAUAGGUACGACAUAUUACAGUAAUCAUAUAAGAUGAAUAUUUGUUUUCAGGAGACUGGGAAAUCGGACAAAUUUGGUUUUUUGAACUCUUGAAAGAAAAGAGUUUCGGAGUUACUGAAACUGAAGGGUAAAUUGCAUAGCUAUCUUAGUUGGUCAAGAAAACAAUUGUUUUUUGCAGAAAAUGUGAAUUAUACUAUGGUGCAACACAGCUUUGUUUCCACUUCACAGCGCCGGCAUCAAUUCAAAUAAAGUGUAAGCUUCACAUUGAGGUUAUUGUGUUAUAUGCUGACAUUUUCAGAUAAACUUCAUUUCACACAAUUUGAAAAUGCACACCCACAAACAGAUUGUAAGGUUAUAACAAUAACAGAUAGAAGAAAUCAGAGAAAUUCGUUUUAUCUUCCAAUUGAUCCAGUAGAACAAUCGAAAGCUGAACGAAUCAUUCAUGAGAUAUUACGUGAUACUUUUUUUUGA